CGCGCAGGCGCGUGUUUCCCUUUCCUCAGCUGCCGCCAAGGUGCUCGGUCCUUCCGAGGGAGCUAAGGCCGCGUUGGGGUGAGGCCCUCACUUCUUCCGGCGACUAGCACCGCGCCCGGCAGUCCGCGCUAUGGCUUCCGUCUCGGAACUCGCCUGUAUCUACUCCGCUCUCAUCCUGCACGACGACGAGGUCACCGUCACGGAGGAUAAAAUCAACGCCCUCAUCAAAGCAGCCGGGGUGAAUGUGGAGCCUUUCUGGCCGGGCCUGUUCGCAAAGGCCUUGGCCAAUGUCAACAUCGGAAGCCUCAUCUGCAAUGUAGGGGCUGGGGGCCCUGCACCAGCUGCCGGUGCUGCUCCAGCCGGAGGUCCUGCCCCAGCCGCCGCCGCUGCCCCAGCUGAGGAGAAGAAAGUGGAGGCAAAGAAGGAAGAAUCGGAGGAGUCUGACGAUGACAUGGGCUUCGGUCUUUUUGACUAAACCUCUUUGCAACUAUUCAAUAAAAGCUGGACUCUGCUGUUCUGGCCAUA